AUGAACUUUGCCUCUCUCCCGCGAGGUACCUCUCUGACUCACCCUCCACGCGUUGUUAUCACCAAACUUCCCCCCGACCCCUUCCUUGCAGGAUGCAAGAAGAUCCUGGCUAUCGAACUCAACGCGAGUGAGCCGGACCUGGGUGCGAGCUACAUGAAGAGAUACAAUGCGCCCGAUCCUGACGACGAUACGGCCGUGUCGUACGACUUGGGUCCGGCUGCCAAUACGCUUGAAAGGCUGGAGGAAGACAAGGAGAUCUACGCUGUGAAGCCGUCUGCAGGCAACGAGGCGAAGAAAUCACCCAACCCCGACCUUAGUGGUGAAACGACUGGCAGUGUCGCGUAUGCCAAUGGUGAUGACAUUGACGAUGAAGACCAGGGCAGCUCUGAUACGGGUGAGAAUGAGCAAGAUGGUAGCGAGGCUGUGGUGGACGAUGGUGGUGAAGAGGACGAGGGGACCGACGACGAUGCCAACCACGACGCGCAGGACGCUGACGGCGACUCUGAGCACUCCUUUGGCGGCCCGCUAUACAAGAAGCGUAACAAACGACUAGUCGAAGAUCUGAAAAAGAUCGUGGAAGACGAUCAGAAGGCCUCGCCAGAGGAUCGCAUUGACGCUGUGAUCAUCGGCCCCGAACCGGAGCCUAAACAUCUCGCAGCUCUGGAUGGCCUUUCUCCAAAGUUCUUCCUGGCGUACUCAGGGUGGGAGGAGGCCAUACUAUUAGACGGCAUCAGCGAGCUCAAAAAGCCCUGGACCGAGCUCGAGAGCGUCUGGAUCUGCGGUGAGCACCCAGAAGGCCGGUGGUCGAUGGGAUGCUACGACACGGAACGCGACUGGAAAAAGAACUAUCUCAAACUCAUCACCGGCGUCAAGUCGCUCACUCUGGACUACUGUGCCCAGCUCUUCUUCUCGCCCAAAAACCUCCCGGUCAAGGUCAGGAACCUCAAAGUCGUCGGGAACGAGGGAAUGGAGACUUCAUCCGCACAAAACGAAGCUACUAUUUUUAACUCACACCUGCGCGACCUGACACUUAUCGUCGCCCCGGCUGCUCGGAUUCCUCGUGAGCGACCGGAGCCAAACGACGUUGCCCUGUCUAAAUUCAUCCCCAACUCUGUUGAAAUGCUCGCCUUCCACUGCUCUCCUUCCGAAAGCAUGCUCGCCGACUUGGAUGAGUGGAUCGAGUGCGCAAAGAGGUCGGACUGGCUCCCGGCGUUGAAGUCCAUCACUAUUCGCACCGAUGCAUUCGAAAUUACGGAAGAGUCGGUGAUAGAUGUCGACCCAUCGCGGGCUGCCGCAUUCGAAACCAAGGUUUCUGCUGUGUAUGAGGCGUUGAAGAAGAGGGACCCUUCCGUGGAGAUCGUUGCAUAG